AUGCUGGGCAGCCCUAUGGUCACCACCUCGUCACAGGCCGCGGUACCACCGCCACCUCCAGGCGAAAUCACGCCGCGGUCCGAUCUUGUUGAACGGGAUGAGGAUGAUAGGGUUGAAACGGUAAGUACCCAGUGCAAUGAACAGGUGAGGAGUGCUCUGGAGGAUGCGAUUCUGGAGUUUAGAUACUCACCCGUCGAAAGCCGACCACGACUACCACGCUUGCCUAUGCACAGACAAAAUAGGGCGCUGGUGUGUGCUCUGGAUUCGCUGUUGGAAAAAUAUUUUGAAAACAGCGAAGACCUCCUUGAUACACACUCAAUUAUGUAUUGCGCGGCUGUUGCUGCAUGUCGUGUGGCUAAUGUCAAAUUCCCUGACAAGGACAGAGCCACACGACCAAAGUUAGCGGUACCAGCCUGGCAAUGCAGGAUUGAGCGUCGUAUCGAGGGGGCCAGAGUACUCAUUGGCAAACUAUAUUGCUUCAGGGAGGGUAAUACCCGACCACGGGUGAUGCGCUUUGUGAGGCGUGCAUUUGUGGGGACUGGACUUAGUCCUCAUGAAUAUAUGUCGCGUAUCGCGGAGCGCAUCGACUUCCUGAGGCAAAAAGUCUGUGCAUGGGCGAGCCGUAUUCGAAGGUAUAAACGACGGGUAGAACGUUACACCCAGAAUCGUAUGUUCCAGAGUGACCAAAGGUGGGUGUAUAGAACUUGGGAGCAACCUGAGCAAUGCGUGAUGGAUGGGAGCCGACCGGAUGAUGAUGCCACAAACAUGUUUUGGCGCAACCUCUGGUCGACGCCCGUCUGUCACGAGGAGGGUGGCUGGACACGUGAUGUUGAGCGAGAGUGUGAAAAAAUGGAAGAGGUUAAUAUUACCUCCUCCGACGUAGCCUAUGCAGUCCGUCCGAUGCAGAAUUGGAAAUCACCAGGGCCGGACGGACUGCACAAUUUCUGGUUAAAGUGGCUGCAAAGUUCGCACCCCAGUUUAGCAUCACAGCUUCAGUCAUCCUUAGAAGCCGGGUCGCUCCCACAGUUUCUAACAACAGGAGUUACCCAUCUGCUCCAUAAAUCAGGCAGUACCGCGGAACCCAAAAAUUAUAGACCGAUCACUUGUUUACCGACGGUCUAUAAACUUCUUACAUCUAUUUUGAGAUUAAAAAUAAAUCAACAUAUUGAAAAAUAUUCAAUUAUGUCAACUUCUCAAAAUGGAUGUAAGAAACCAGGUCAAAAGCCUUGGAAAGAUCCAGAAAGCAGGCAUAAACUGGCGUUUUCCGCUCCGAAUAAUAUGCCACAGUAUGCUUAA